UUGCUAGUACUUAGAAACGAGGCGGAACAAUACAAUGCUCUGGUCGGGGGAAGACCAGACGAGGAGAGAACAGUUUGGUUGGAGGAGCAAUUCGGGCAGGUGGCCUCCAUCAUCGGCCCCAAGACAGCACCAACAUCUAGCUGGUCUACAGAAGAUGUCAAUAUUCGCUCCAGGGCUGUUUAGGGGCAAGGUGGCUCUGGUGACAGGAGGAGCUACAGGUAUUGGCAAGGCUAUCACCGCGGAACUACUCUCCCUCGGUUGUACUGUGGUAAUUGCAUCAAGAAAAGAAGAGAGGUUAAGAGAGGCAGUUCAGGAACUCUGUCCAAAUGGCAAGAGACUUGUAGCAAAAGUAUGCAAUAUCAGAGAAGAAGAUCAAGUUAAAAAUCUGAUCUCCUCAACGCUGCAUGACCUUGGCAAGAUAGACCAUCUUGUAAAUAAUGGUGGAGGUCAAUUUCUAUCUCCAGCAGCAAACAUUAGCCUCAAAGGCUGGAAUGCUGUGCUGGAAACCAAUCUUACUGGAACUUUCUUAAUGUGCAAAGAAGUUUAUGAUCAGUGGAUGAGGGACAACGGUGGAGUGAUUGUUAACGUCAUUGUCGACAUGUUCCGUGGCACACCAAUGGUAGCUCACACAGGAGCAGCUCGAGCAGGAGUUGACAACUUAACUAAGAGUCUUUCAGUAGAAUGGGCCUCCAAUGGAGUGCGAAUAAAUUCAGUGGCACCAGGAGGCUCCAUUUACUCUCCUACAGCGGCUGCAAACUAUGGAGAUGGCAACAUCUUUGAAAAAGUUCGUGUCCACAUUCCAACAAAAAGGCUUGGAACACCGCAAGAGGUGGCAAGUGCAGUAUGCUUCCUGUUGUCCCCUGGAGCAUCAUUCAUUACUGGUGAAACUCUGAAGAUUGAUGGAGGUGGUAGUCUUUACUCUAAUCUCAUGUGGAAUAUUCCAGAGCAUGACAAAUUACCUGCAUAUGCUUGGACCUACAAACCCCUUGAGGAAGAUGAUGCCACUCCACCAAAUGCAAAGUUAUAAUAUUUGUAUAUACUGUACUGUGUAACAGUUGGAUAUUGAUAUCUCCUGAUAGUUAAUAACAGGUCAGUUUUCUACAGAAAUGGUAUUACUGUACCCAUUUUUUCAAUUGCCAUUUUCUGUGGGGAGCCCGUUCAGCUCCCUGGAGUUAUAGGACUUAUAUACGCUAUAUUAGUCUGGGGCUUCAGUCAAUGGAGUCCUGCCUACUGAGAACCAGAGCCGGAACCUGGACCCCCCUCAGAGAGGCACAGAGAAAAUUGGCUUAAGGAGACCCCCUCGUCCCCUUGUAUUUGGGGGUAUUCCUUGUCUAGCAUCGACCGGGGUUAGGCACCCAGAAAGGUAGGCAUCUCAAAACAAACCCCACAUGGUAGGAAAUUG